GUCCACGCCUUCUGGUCCGGCUUCCAAACCGUGCUCUCCGCGCCCCGAGAAAUCCCAGACGCCUUCUCCACGCUGCGGCAGGGCCUAUACGAAGAGCGCGAAUACCUGAAGCAAGUCCGGCGGCGUCGUGAAGGUUCGCGCGUGCGCGAUUCGAAAACCAAGUCUUUGUAUUACGAGGGGGGUCCGACGAAGGUGAUGAAUAAUGCUCUCAAAGAUCUAAUCCACGAUUUCAAAAACUACGAAUACCCUUUCCUCAUAUCCCCGCACGACGGCCUAGAAAAAGAACUAGAAUGGUCGUACGACGCUACGCAACAAGCGUACCGCUGCGACCUGUGGCAUAGAGUAUUAUGGUUAAGGAAUAAGGGGGGCGUAAAUAGAAUUGCGAAUAACUUGCAAAGGCUGCAGACGCGACGCAUAGCCGUAGAAGCUACCGAGACGCGGUGGAUGCUGGGGGAUUGCAUGGGCAUGAUGAGGGAGUGCGAGGGGCGGUUGGGGGCUAUUGAGAGGAGGUUGCAGAUGAGUCAGAUUGGGUAG